CGGGACAGCGGUGUCAAGGGCACUGACUUGUUUAACCUGGGACACAGCACCGUGGAAACAGCAAUGUCCUCUCCUAACAGCCUAACUCCAGACAGUCCUAAUAAGGCCUUCAGCCUCCAGGUCCCUUCCCCCAUUAUUACAAAGCGAACACGAAGCAACUCUGUGACAGAAAUUGCAAGUACAAAUCCGGAUGUCAAGGGCAAAGUGAAAUACUUUUGUCGAACGAAAGGUCAUGGAUUUAUUACUCCUGAAGAUGGGACUGAGGAUAUUUUUGUUCACAUUUCAGACAUUGAGGGAGAAUACAUCCCUCUUGAAGGAGAUGAAGUGACAUACCGUUUGUGUCCAAUUCCUCCCAAAAGGGAGAAGUGUCAAGCCACUCAUGUUAAGAUAAUCAACUUUACACCUGAGGUUCAUCAUCGUUGGGACUGCUUACCAGAAGAGGAGCAUCAUUAAAGUUUUAAUUUGAGGUUCAUUAACUAUGAUAAGGUUUGGGGCUUGCUCUUUAUAAUAACAAGGCAUUUAAGCUGAUCAGAGAAAUUGCAUUUUCAUUUCUUUGCAUUUUUUGGUAAAUUUGGUUAUUCGACUGCAGAUAAUAUAUGUACCCUGAUUAGAUAUUUUCCAUGUCUCAUUCGGGUAUCCUUACUUACCAUUUUUUUUUUUUAUUAAGGAAGUGAACCUCCUUUAUAUAAUUAAUUUAGUGGAUGGUUACUCUACUUAUUGAAUAAUUUUUUCAUUAUAUACAUUUAUACUGAUUUACCUGUUAAGAUGAAUUUUUUCAAGUUUUGAACGUAUAAGUUAUCUGUAAAGAUUAUUACAGAAGAAACAUUUCAGUUAACUCAUAGUUCUGUAUGUAUGUAUGUACUACUGUAUUUGACUUGCAGUUAAGUACUAGAAAUUCCAGUUUUAAGGAGUAUUAAAUAGCUAUAGCUAUGCAGGGCUAUUGUCUAAAUGUUGUUUUGAAGAUUUUGAUUCUUGUUCUACUGUACUGUGAGUUAGAGGUUAAGUGUUUCAUUCUUUAGAUGUGUAUGUAUGGAUUUGUCUAUACCUCACGUUUUUCAUUUUCAUUUUCAUUACGAUAAUUUGGGAUACAUCCUCAAAGCGAGUCAAGUUUGGUGAUGCACCGUUUUGGGUGAAGUCUCCCUUUUUAUUCCUGCUUAUUAUUUCAGAAGUUUUCUCAGUCAGCCAAGCACACAUUUAACUUCGCUCAAUUGCCUAGUACUACUUUGUUGUUUUGGCUACAAGAACUUUAGAUUCAUUGGUUCCUUAAAUUAGUUGGGUGGAUUAUUUUGGCUUCUUUUUGUUCUUUCUUUCUUUUUUUGAGUCUUAAGUUGCUUGAAGUUUAUUUGCAUAUAGUUUUACAUAUAGUUUUCCUAGGGAAAUUAAGGUGUUAAGUACUUAUUUUCCUAAUUAGAACAUUUUAAUUUUAUUUUUAGUCAUAAGAGUUAAUUGAUAUCCUUAAGUGUGUGUUUCAUAUUACUAAAAAUUACGGAGGUUCAUUAUAAGGAUUAUCUUAGAUUAUAAAUACAUAGAUAUUUCAUUAAUUAAGAUAUUUUAAAUUUUUACUUUCGCUUUUUGUGGUGAGGA